AGAUUUUUGAUACUCCACGCAGCUACCCAACAUGUUUAGAGCAGCGACAAGCACCAAUGACAGCGGCAGCACGGGUGGAGACGAAGCGUCUUGUUCUUGGCUGUCUGCCUCGUCAGACCCCUCUGUUCCAGCUGCUGCUCUGACGCGGACUGGGGGAGACGGCACGACAUUAUUUGAGGCCAAGCGGGUCAUGGCAUUGUGCCUUUUGUCGCUGGUCAGUCUAGCUGCGGGGGCACCUUGCCCGAUUGAUGAUGGUGGAUGGUCAACAUCCAGAUCGAAAACGUUGACCGGCUUCCUUCGGCCGUCCACCUCGGCGCCUGUCACCCCGCUCUGUGGUGGGUUCCGCCCCGGACAACGGCGGGAGCUUUUGUCACCGAGAGGUGUGAGCUAUACGGGAACUAGCACAGGGUCGAGCCAUAUGUCCAGCCCGGUGGUUGUCCAGCUCAAUCAUUCCUCGGUUGCCAUCACGGAGGAGUCCUCCGCCUACGCCUUGCCCCCCUCCCAAGCAGCGGCGCGUCGACGGGCGUUGCCGAAGCCGACAAACCUCCCAGGACUGAGCAAAGAGGACCUCAUAUUGCUGCGAGCUGGCCAACGUGUGCAGCAUCAGAUCCGCAAUGGCUGCGUGGGUAGCGGGUAUGUCGUUGUGGACGUGCUGGCGGACAGCGCCACGGUCUGGAACACGCUCCUGGGCUUCGAGCGCUACGCGGACAUGAUUCCCACCAUUCGCAAGGUCAAGAUCACCUCCCGGUGGCCGUCCUUGACCAAGGGAGUCUUCACACUCUCCAAGUUCCGCUUCCGCCUCUCGGUCGUCCACAAGCACGCGCCUGAGGAGAAUCGCCUGAACUUCUACCUCGACCCCGACUGCCAGCAGUACCGCAGCAUCUUGGAGAUGGCGGAGGGAUUCUGGUACAUCGAGGAUCAACCUGCGGAUCGACCGGAGGGUUGGACGCGGGUCUACAUGUCGGCGACUGUCAAGGUCAACAGCCUGGUGCCCAUGUGGCUGGUGGACUACGCGGCCGAGCGGGCGCUGAAACGGGCGACCUCGUGGUUGAAGCCCUAUGUAGAACAGAACAGGGGGGAGAUGGACAGGAGCGGAAGGUGA